AUGUUCCCCCCCCUGGCUCAGUUCGGGGUGCUGUCGGCCCUGGCCACCGCGCUCACCUCGGUGCUGUCCGCGCUCCUGCUGCUGGCGCUGACCCGGCAGCUGUGGAGCCUCCGCUGGAGCCUGACCCGGGACAAAGAGAGCAGCCUGCCGCUGCCGAGGGGCUCCAUGGGCUGGCCGCUGGUCGGAGAGACCUUCCACUGGCUGUUCCAGGGUUCCAACUUCCACAUCUCACGCAGAGAGCGCCACGGCAACGUGUUCAAGACCCACCUCCUCGGGAAGCCCGUCAUCCGGGUGACGGGUGCAGAAAACAUCCGCAAGAUCCUGCUGGGGGAGCACAGCCUGGUUUGCACCCAGUGGCCCCAGAGCACCCGCAUCAUCCUGGGACCCAACACCCUGGUCAACUCCAUCGGGGACCUGCACAAGAGGAAGAGGAAGAUCCUGGCUAAAGUGUUUAGCCGUGGGGCGCUGGAGUCCUACCUGCCCCGGCUGCAGGACGUCAUCAAGUCUGAAAUCGCCAAGUGGUGCUCGACGCCGGGCGCCGUGGACGUUUACAGCGCCGCCAGGUCGCUGACGUUCCGCAUCGCCGUCAGGGUUCUGCUGGGUCUGCAGCUGGAGGAGGAGCGCCUUGUUUACCUGGCGCAGAUCUUCGAGCAGCUGAUGAACAACCUCUUCUCGCUGCCCAUAGACGCCCCGCUCAGCGGCCUUCGCAAGGGAAUCAAAGCCAGAGAAAUCUUGCACGCCAACAUGGAGAAAAUCAUCGAGGAAAAGAUGGAGCGGCAGCAGGCGGAGGACGAGUAUCACGACGCCUUCGACUACAUGCUGUCCAGCGCCAAAGAGCACGGCCAGCAGCUCAGCAUCCAGGAGCUCAAGGAAACAGCAGUAGAGCUGAUCUUCGCCGCUCACUCCACCACAGCCAGCGCCUCCACGUCGCUGGUGCUGCAGCUCCUCCGUCACCCGGCGGUGGUGGAGCGGGCCAGGAUCGAGCUGGAGGCCGAGGGCCUGGGCUCCGAGUCCGGCAGCAGUUACAGCCCGUCUGCCGUCACCACGGAGAAGGAGGUGGACGCUGUCGUCACGGAGACGACCUGCCUGCUGAGCGAAGGGUGUCAGAAUCACAGCGACAAGGACGGGUUCCCGCCGUCCCAGUCUCACGUGCCGUACCUGAGCCUGGACAAGCUGAGUCAGCUCCGCUACGUCGACUGCGUGGUCAAAGAGGUGCUCCGCUUCCUGCCGCCGGUCUCCGGUGGUUACCGGACGGCGCUGCAGACGUUUGAAUUAGACGGUUACCAGAUCCCCAAAGGCUGGAGUGUCAUGUACAGCAUCCGGGACACCCAUGAGACGGCAGCGGUCUUCCAGAGUCCAGAGCUGUUCGAUCCGGAUCGGUUCGGUCCGGACCGAGAGGAGAGCAGGUCGGCCCGGUUCAGCUAUGUGCCGUUCGGCGGCGGCGUGCGGAGCUGUGUCGGGAAAGAACUGGCACAGAUCAUCCUAAAGACUCUCACCGUGGAGCUGAUCGGGACUUGCAAAUGGACUCUGGCCACAGAGAACUUCCCCAAGAUGCAGACAGUGCCGAUUGUGCACCCGGUGAACGGGCUGCACGUGCACUUCACUUACAACCACCCGCUUUAG